AUGGCACCUUGCCAGGACCAGCAGCUGGAGAAGCUGACUGAUGAGGCUCUGAAGCACAGUGACUUCCAAGCCCUGGAGACUUUCCUGCAGGAUGAGAGCAAGGAGGGAACUCAUCCAAAAUGCUCCAAGCAGUUCAUCAACAAAUUGGACAAAUUAAUAAACAGGGAAUUGGAUAAAGGGAACGUGAAGUUCGCCUCUCUGGGCCUAAGCAUUCUGCACAAGUUUGGCAAGUCUUUGAGUAUGCCUGGAGGCCAGGGGAUGUCAGGGAUGGUGUCGCAAGGCCUUGUUAAAAAGAUGGUGCAGUGGUUUGAGAAAGCGCGGAAGAUGUGGGUGGAGGCCGGGACACAGAGGAAUGAGACUCUGCUCAGUCUAGCAGAAGACUUCUUUGAUGCUUUACUGGUUGUUCAUGAAACGAACAAAGAGGGAAGAUAUCAGGUGACUGAAUCCUUCCUGCACCCUGUAGGCCAGUUAGCUGCAGAUUCCAGAGUACACAUCCUGAUUCAGAAGGAGGCGAUUCGGAAACUCAACAUCAUUCUGGAUAAAAUCCCCCCUGAACUGAAGAAAGAAGGGAAGAUUCUGUUGUCAGCAGAUACCUCAGCUCUCAUGAAUAACUUGGCCAGCAGGAUCCUGGAAGGCGGAGAUUAUGACCUGCAGAUUGCAGUGGUGGAGGCCCUCUGCAGAAUGACCAGUCGUGCACAAAGACAGCAACUGGCAGACACCUGGUUCAACAUGGAGUUCAUCGCUACGGCCUUCAGCAGGAUUCAGGAUUCAGAGUUCGAGACGGACUGCCGCAGGUUUCUGAACCUGGUGAACGGCAUGCAGGGAGACAGCAGACGAGUGUACUCCUACCCCUGUUUAGAGGUGUUCUUGGGCAAACACGAGCUACUGAUACCGGUGGAUGAGAAACUGGAGGAGUUUUGGAUUGACUUCAACCUGGGCAGCCAGAGCAUAUCAUUUUACUUCUCUCUGGCUAAAGAGGAGACACAGCAAGAGGGCCAAUGGGACACCAUUUUCGUCCCAGAGAAUGAAGUCUGCAGCUACACAGUGGAAGAGGCGCAUGGCAGGAAGACACUGAAGCUGAUGCUGUUGGAGCCUCUGUCUGUGGGCGGGGUGGAGGGCUCUGAGCUGCACAUUCACUUCAGCCAAUCGCUGGACAUCCUGCAAGCUGUCCAAAAUGUGUACGGAAACGCCAAAAACAAGAGGUUUGUGGGGAAAAGGAGCACCUCAGUGGUGAAAACCACAGUACAGAUCAUCCUGGAUGAGGGCAGCUCUCAGGUCGUUCCUGAGAGCCAGGCCUCCCAGCACAUCAUCAGGAGCUUGUGUGGGAUGGACAAGGGUGUGGCCAGCGAGAUGGCCCCUCCUCCAGGGUCCCAGGAGGAAAGAGCAAGAAUAACCCCACUCCCUCAGGCAAAACAGCACCCCCUGCAGGCGGUGACUCCUGCCAGGAGGAAGGUGUCGGAGUCCAGCACCUUUGUGGCCAGCAGUGGUGGGCGCAGUGUGGGCGUCAGUCCUGUGACCACUGUGCUGCCAGCGUCAACCCCAAUGCUGAGGGGGAAGAUGAAACCAGCCCUGGAGAUGGUCAAAUCCUCAGAGAGGAAGAAGGAAUAUAACAUCAGAGAAUUAAUGAUGGCCAGAACCUCAGAAAGCCUAUCCAUUGUCAGCACCCGCUGUUACAGCAGGAGAGAGCAGGACAGCGCAGCUGUUGACCCAGCUGAAAACAGAGGCCAACCUGGGUCUGCAGCAGAGAAGUUCCACAGGUAUAUUCCUGUGGACAGAGUGUUGGAGAUGGUGCAGACAGAGAAGGAGACUGAAGAGCAGCUUCUGGAUGAUAGCACAAACAUGGUGCCAGAUUCCCAGCCUCUGGGGAAAAAUUCAAAGCCCAUGUUACCCUCUGUGGAGUCCAGGAAGAGGAUGUCUGUGACUGAGGUGCACCAGGAGCAGAGGAGUCUCUCAGUGCAGCUACAGAGACCACGGAAGCCACCUACUCCACUCCCACUGGCUCCUAUGCGUGGGGCUUCCUCUGCAGCUACACCAGACCAGGGCAAACAGCUAUCACUGCCUGUGGACCUGCAGAAAUUUCCAUCCACCACCCAGCUCUGCUCAGGAGACACCGUCCAGUCACAGCCUCAUGCCAAGCUUGGGUCCGGAAAGGCCAGCCAAUCACAGCUCCGUGCCAAGCUUGGCUCAGCUGAGACCAGCCAAUCACAGCUCCAUGCUCAGCUCACCCAGCGGCUGGAGGAGCUGCUGAAGGAGCGGGAGCAACCGGAGCGUAUGGAGGAGAGGGACCACUCCCUGCAGGCCCAGAAAGCACAGGGAACUGGACCAGAAACAGCAGCCCAAACUAAAGGGACAACUCCAUCACUCCAGAAGAGAGAGGACACCCCCCAAAAACCCCUCAGACCAGCACCUACGGGGCCCGGGGCACAGACGUCUGGGCCGGGGAUGAAGAAGCAGAGGCAAAAGGCCAUCAAGUCUGCUGAGAAGUCUGUGAUGGAGAAGAGUUCCACCAGGGGCUCCAAGAGUACCUCCCGCUCUGUGAAGAAAGGCCAAUCAAGAAAGCCCCCCAGUAACUACGCAAAGAAGCACCUCUUCAGUGACACAGACACUGACCACAAGACGGACGUCAGCUGGCUGAGGGAGACAGCCAAGCCCAAAAUGGUGGACUACAGCAGGCAGCGCGGCACUAAACCUCAGCCCCCUCCAGCCGACACCACCUGUGAAACUCCCGGGUUGGGCCCUCCUUCCCCAAAGCUGCUGGAGAAGCAAGACAAACCAAUGAAGAAGAAGCAGAGGAGGAACACCAAUCAGAGGGAGAAGAAACCGUCAGCAGUGGCGAGUAGGCCAACUGGGAGACCCAAAAGGACUACCGCUAUGUCCAAGAACUACAAAGAGCCCUCAGAAUCAGGCAGUGCCAGCCAAUCAGAGAGUGAGGAGGCACCCAGAAGGAAGCCCAGACAGAAGCCAGCCAAUGGGAAGGUGGAAAGGAGUGUGAAGGCGUGGCCACCGCUGGAGAAGAAAAAUGAGGCACAUCCUGGAGGGAAGACGUGGGCAGCCAGACUGGCAUCUUUCUCCCCCUCCCCACCCCCCAUUGAGAGGAUGAGAUCUGUGGACAAAUCAGCGGAGCCAACGAGAUCACCCAUCACCCCCCUCCGCUCUCUCUGCGCGUCGCCGCAGGAAGUGACGGCUGCCUUCAGCGGGAUCCACGCCUCCUCCUUCUACAGAACCCAGAGAAGCGACAGCACUAAGACUCCCUCUCUGGGUCACACACCCUGUGCCCCGCUGUUGGCGUUGAGCCCCAUCCCUACGCCUCUGACGCCAAUGUCUCGCCUACACCUCUCACAGGUCCCCCUCAGCCCCACCCCAGCCCUCCUCACCCCCACACAGCCCCUCCUGACCUCCACGGCUCAGGAGAAAUCCGCUGCAGUGUCCUUCCCUGAUUCCUCGCGCCGCUCUGCCUCUCUGACCUCUCUGACCACCCAGAGUCGGUCCUCACGGAAGUCCAUCAGCGAGCUGGUGGCACUCAGUGCCAGGCUGGAGAAGACACCUCGCUCCCAUGGCCAAAAAGAGGCCAUCCAGCUUAAAGCACAUCUGUCAGGCCCCAGCUUUGGCCAGAAGCGCCGUGCCUCAUGCCAUGGCUCCAUCAGCUCUGAGGAUGAGGAGGAUGAGGAGGAUGAGCAGGAGGAAGGAGAAGGCCAGACAGUGCAGGGUAUCAAGAUGAGGCCCCGGAAGUUGUUUAAGCCCAGUGGGAGGGACUGGCAGGAGGAGGUGACUGUGACCUGCCAGUCGAAGGAGGAAGAGAGCAGCUAUGAGGAGAAGGAAGCUGAUGUCUGCCAAGAGCUGACCAAGAAAGUCUACCACAGCGUCCAGAGAGAGAGAACCGCAGAUUCAGGUGGAGAUGUUGAGGUGGAGAUGUUGAGGUGGAGAUGUGGAGAUGUUGAGGUGGAGAUGUUGAGGUGGAGAUGUGGAAACGUGGAGGUGCGUUCUCUGGUCUCCUCCCACGCAGUGUCCAGUUGCUGGGAGGCCAGUGUGGAGGGCGAGGGGGACUUUGACUUCCCAGACCUCAGUGCUCCCCAGUUCAUGGGCUCCUUGUGCCGGCAGUUCAGCUCUGAACUCCAGAGGAAGUUCCAGAAUCGCUCCAAGAGAAUGGAACUCUUCACAAAGCAGUCUCUGAAGACUGUUCAACAGCAUGCAACCUCAAUCAGCGUUCAGGUGCAUCAAUACAGGUCUCAGAGGCUGGAGAAGGUCAGGGGUAUUUUAUUGGAAGAGAUCAGCAGCUUAGAGCGGGAUGAUGCCAAUCUGAAAAACAUGGAGAAGGAACUAGCUACCUACUGGAAGAAGCACACACAGGCCCUCCGCUCCUAUCAGGAGAGCGAGACCAAGAGGCUGCAGCGCUUGAGGAGUACCUUCCAGAAUAACGUGUGUCACAGCUUGGAGUAUGAGGAGCAGAUCUUCACGUCCCAGAUGUGUCUGAUGAGAGAGGACAUGAAGUCAGUGCAGGACAGACUCUUUAAGGAUAUGCGAGAGGAGGAGCUGCUGAGCGUCCGCAGGGGUCUGCAGACUCUCUUCCUGCCGGCUGGGUGCAGCUUCUGA